UUAAAUGUGUUGUCAAAGACCACGAGGGCAAAGAGAACUACACCAACAAUCCAAAUGAAUAGUUUGUUGAUACGGGUUUACAUGUCAUGUGUUUUGGUAGAGAGUUUCUAUUACUUACAAGUCUCUUGGAUGUAAAAACUACUUAUAGGAGACCAAAUCUCUUCCGAUGUGAUUGGGUAAUGCGUUUCUUCAAUUUUCAUCAAAAAAUAUUCUCACCCUUUACCGUUCUAGACAUCCAACGAAACUAAACUUGGUGACGGGUUUACUUCUGGUAAACCAUUUAUGAGUUGAGAAAAGUUAUGUCGACCAAGCAUUUAAAAAUUUGAAAAAUGAAGUUGGGAUUGAAUAAGGAUAUAUUUAGAUGGAGAGAGAAGAAAAAUGGAAGCGAAAUAGAAAAUGUGAAAGGAAAAUGAAAAAAGUAAAAAAAGAAAGUGGAGUGACUCAAUCUAUAAAUAUGUGAGAGACGGCUGCAAUUCAUAUCAUUGAUCAUUCCAUUUCAUUUGAAUUGUGUAUAUGCGUGUGAUGGCGACUGCGAAAUCGUCCCGUUUCGCGAGCAGCAACAACCGUCAGUCCGGCCCCGGCGUGGGAAGCUCCAUCGCGGCGGCAUUGCUCAUCUCCCCCAAGAAGCCUGAAUCAACUCAAGGAGGAAUGCGAUUCCUCAACAUCGAGGUGCUCGACGACACCGCCCUCAUCGACACCUCCAUCUUCUCCAAGAAAACUACUCGCCCUCGCAAGGAUUGGAAAAUCAAGAACAUCAAGAAAGCCUCUUCCUACUCCUAUUCCAGGGCGGAGAUGCUCUCUCUCAAUCUCCACCACCCUCACUCUAACAAGUGGUCCCAGAUUUACCACGCCCUCCCCGCCUCCGUCGCCGCCGAGUACGACCAGCUCCUCGCCUUCUCUCCUCGCCCCAUCUUCUCCAACGAUGGUGGUGUGACUGCAAUCGGGAAAAGAAGAAGCCCUCUCAAGAUCUCUGUGCAUUGAAUUUUUUAGCUUCUUUGAAAUUGCAUGUUAUCAUUGUUUUCAAAUUUAGACCAUUAUGACUACUGUUGACUAUCAGUCGCCUAUAUGCAAGUAAUACAUUUCUGUUCCA